GGAAUGUACGAUGGCGGGGGAUGAUGCACGCGAAGGAAGCGGUGACGGACUCCUCCUGAGGCGCAGGGCCCGCUUGUUGGUCAGCGGCCGUCGUCGCUGGUCGACAACCACGCGAGACCGACGUCGGCAAGGGUCUGGAAAGGGCUGGCCAGGUAUCGGAUACCGGGACCGGCUUUCAGGUGUGCUGGGCCGGCAUGUAUCGUGGACCCCCCUCUCCAUUGAGGACCCUUCGACCCAGAAAAAAAAAAGCCGGAAUGAAUGACUGACUGAACCCCUCCACAUCGCCAGACACGGACCCGGCGAGAUGCUCAAUUGCGGAUUAGAUAACAAGGCUUUCGUAUCGACUGACUGUACCGACGGUAACAAUAUAUUUCGUGCCCCUGCGGAACGAGGACUGUGUUGCCUGCGUAUAAAGCCCCUCGUCUUGUACCUGGAAAACCGACCGGCCGGGCCGCCCGUGACUCACAACGCCCUUGACCCUCGCCAGUGACGACGCUCCAGCUGCUGAGUCGACGCACAAUACAGGUUCCUCCCCAUUGGCCAUGGCGGGCACAGUAAGUACUCACUUCUGAACCCCCCCCCCUCCAAUUCCGUUCACCUCACCUGCACCCCCGGGACGCUCCCGCUCGCGCCAUCUGCAAUCCGCUGACCUCAAUGGCGCCGCAGCGAGCCCUUCACCCGUCGCUCGACGCGGUCCGGUCCAUUGUCGACCAGCCGCACACGGGCCCCGGCAAGAGACCGACUCUCGUCCCCGUGUACCGCCAGAUCUCGUCCGACCUCAUCACCCCGUCCGCCGCCUACCUCAAGAUCUCGGCGCACUCCUCCUCCGACUACUCCUUCCUCUUCGAGUCGGCCGCCACCGAGCAGGUCGGCCGCUACAGCUUCGUCGGCGCCGGCCCGCGCAAGAUCCUCGCCACGGGGCCCGGCUACGGCCCGGAGACGGACCCCCUGCCCGCCCUCGAGGAGGAGCUCGCCCGCCAUGUCGUCGCCCGCGUCCCCGACCUGCAGCUCCCGCCGCUGACGGGCGGCGCCAUCGGCUACGUCGGCUACGACUGCGUCCGCUACUUCGAGCCCAAGACGGCGCGGCCCAUGAAGGACGUGCUCAAGAUCCCCGAGUCGCUCUUCAUGCUCUUCGACACCAUUGUCGCCUUUGACCGCUUCUUCGGCGUCAUCAAGGUCAUCAGCUACGUCAACGUCCCCGAGGACCCCUCCGCCGGGACCCUCGACGAGGCGUACGAAAAGGCCCGCGCCACCGUCGACGAGCUCGUCGAGGUGCUCAACUCGCCCGACGUCGAGGUACCCAAGCAGGACCCCAUAGUCCUCGGCCAGGAGGCCAAGUCCAAUGUCGGCCGCGAGGGCUACGAGGCGCACGUCACCAAACUCAAGGAGCACAUCGUCCGGGGCGACAUCUUCCAGGCCGUCCCGUCGCAGCGGUUUGCCCGCCCCACAAGCCUACACCCCUUCAACAUAUACAGACACCUGCGGACCGUGAACCCGUCUCCGUACCUGUUCUACGUCAACUGCAAGGAUUUCCAGAUCGUCGGUGCCUCCCCGGAGCUGCUCGUCAAGAGCGAGGCCGGUAGGAUCAUCACACACCCCAUCGCGGGCACCGUCAAGCGCGGCAAGACGCCCGAGGAGGACCAGAGGCUCGCCGACGAGCUGAGCAGCUCGCUCAAGGACCGCGCCGAACACGUCAUGCUGGUGGACCUGGCCCGCAACGACAUCAACCGCGUCGGUGACCCCUUUACGGUCCGCGUCGACCGCCUGAUGGUGGUGGAAAAGUUCAGCCACGUCCAGCACCUCGUCUCGCAGGUCUCCGGCGUCCUGCGGCCCGAUAAGACGAGGUUCGACGCCUUCCGCUCCGUCUUCCCUGCCGGCACGGUCUCUGGAGCCCCCAAGGUCCGGGCCAUGGAGCUCAUUGCCGAGCUGGAGAAGGAGAAGCGCGGCAUAUACGCCGGUGCGGUUGGGUACUUUGGUUACGGCAGCGAGGACGAGCAUGGCAACCCAGUAGAGGGCGCCAUGGACACGUGCAUUGCACUGCGCACCAUGAUGACCAAGGAUGGCGUCGCAUAUCUCCAAGCAGGCGGAGGUAUCGUCUUCGAUUCGGACGAGUACGACGAGUGGCAGGAGACCAUCAACAAGCUGGGCGCCAACAUGUCUUGCAUCAAGUCAGCCGAGGAAAUGUACUACCAACAGCAACAGCAGGAGGCUGCCAAGGCUGCCGGGAGGUGACAGCCGAAACAGUUCUAUUGCAUGCCAGGCGUCCUUUGUUGCGAAUAUAAAUCUGUGUGGGUUAGACGGGUUCUGACAUAGAUCUUGACAAUCCAAAUCAAAGUAGUAGGGCAGGAUCUCAACGGGCGAUUAAAUUUCGAUCAUAUAUGAGUAUCAAUUUAAGUCCUGUCUGCUGUCCCUGGCCGAGGUGGAGGGGCUAGCUAACUACUCUGGACCCUGAUUGUGCCUCAACAAGGAGAGCACUCGCGCUAGUUAUUCGUGUCUUCGUGAAUGCGUUGCCGCCGCCGCCGCCGCCAUGCUUAUGCUUGAGCAAUAC